ACGGUCCAGCUGAGCGGACGGACGGUCCUAAGUAUUAUUUAUAAUGUUCCCGCUGCUGAAUCGCUCGGUCUUCGUGGUCUGCCGCUGCUGCCUGGUGGAGCAGCCGGCGCAGUGCCACAGCAUUCGUGACAAUAAUCAGCUGAGCAUCGAGCUGCUCGCCCUGGCGCCCAAUCUACAGAUUGUGCCCAGCGAUGUCAUAUGUCAGCUGUGCCUGCAUCGUCUGCACGACGCCCUCGAGUUCCGGGAGCGCUGCGAGGAAUCUGAACGCAUCUUACGUGCCCGGCACGAGCAGGCACUGGACGAUGCGCUCGAGUGCCUCGAACGCGAAGUCGGCUGUCUGGAGCAGGCCAAAUCAACGUCCAUGUCAUCGCAGCUGGAACCGGUCGACUUCGGUACCAUGGAUUUGUCGGAUUUGUUUCGGUCCAGUUACGAGCAGCCAGAGACGACAUUUGCCAGCUGGAAUACCGGGACACUGAACACGCCCAUCCAUUUGCCAGCCACGCUGGAGCAACUGGAGGCAAGCAAUGCGCCCGCGGAGCAGCAGGGCGGCAGAGCGGACAGCAUGCCAGCGCCAGUUGAUGUGCCCAAGCGCAAAAGGGCGCCACGCAACAAGACGGGGACAACAACAGGUGGCGCGUCGCGUAGCAGGACACCAAAAUCGCUGCGUCCGUGCAGCGAGUGUGAGAAGAAAUUUACGCGCAACUUUCAGCUGAAGUUGCACAUGAUAUCGGUGCACGGACUGGGCGACGGGCUGCGCUAUGAGUGCGAGGUGUGCUCGAAGAGUUUCGCAUCGCGUCACAGCCUGCGCUAUCAUUUCACAUCGCUGCACUCGACGGAACGACCAUUUGCCUGCGAGCUGUGCGAUCGGCGUUUCGUGCUGCGCACCCAAUUGAUCUCGCACGCCCGCAUGCAUACGGGCGAAACGAAGCCGCGCAUCUUUGACUGCAGCGUCUGCGGCAAAACGUGGCCAACCAAAUCGGAUUUGCGCACCCAUAUGCGCUCCCACGAUCCAGACAUGUCCAAGCGGCCGUAUAAAUGUGAUAAGUGCAACAAGGCCUUCUUUACGCGGGGCCACCUCAACUCGCAUCAUUUGGUCCACACCGGCGAGAAGCCGUAUGCCUGCACCUACUGCGACAAGUCCUAUCAGAGCGUUGGCAAUCUCAACAAUCACACUCUGCGACAGCAUUCGAAUAUUAUUGAGGCACGGCUGAAUCUCAAAUACACAGACUCCAUGGAUAUUGAGACCUAGUGUGCGAUUCAAACACCAAAAAUUAGCUUAUUUUUUUUACCUAAGAAAAUAUUAAUAAACAAAAUUCCUUCCUAAAAACAACGCAUAAGAAAGUUAGCUAAUUCAAUGACUAGCAUCCGAAAAAAAUGCAUUAAAAUUCUAAAAUGCCCAAAAACUCAGCUCGUAUUAAAAAUGAAUAUCUGCUUUUGCAAAUUUCAAAGUUUCGCUCUGUACAUGUCGACCAGCUGGAAGUAUUAGCUAUGACAUCAGAUCAAAUCUGAAUAGAAAUUUGAAUAUAUAUUUAUAUGAAUAUAAUUUGAGAGCAUCCAAGCAAAAUGUUUCUAAAUGUUUUUGAUUAAAAAUCUAAAUUGAAUUCAAGUAAAUAUUUAA